AGGAAAACGACUCUUGGAGGACUCUCAUCGCUCAAUCAAAUCCCCGACCGAUAAUCGGACCCUCACAAACAACCCCACCGGCCCGGGGUCCCCCCCUUGUCAAGGAUUGAUAGGGAAGAGCACGCGAUAAAAGCUCUGAUCAUGGAUUAUCAAGCCUCGAACCUCUUCACCAUGUUGAAAUGAGGUAAUUGAUCAAAUUAAAACGAGAUCUUAGCAGGCUCAAGGUAGCAGGGUUUCAUGGGUCAGAUGCCUAACAUAUAUAAAACAAGCCGUCUAUCAAACCUCCUGGAUUGGUUGCAGAGAACAGGAUAGCUAAAUUGCAAUUGCUAGACUUCCACGUCAUCUGUGCGAACAACUUUAGAAAAAAAGUUUUCUUUAGCAAUUGAAGUCCAUCUUCUCAAACCGCAAUGCCCUUUUCACGAUCCAUCUCCGUCGUUGGCUGCCAUGCCGAGGGCGAAGUGGGCGAUGUCAUUACCGGAGGAGUUUUGGAUGUCCCCGGGAAGACCAUGUUCGACAAGAUGAUUCACUUUUGGACCCAAAAGGACAGUCUACGAAAUCUGCUCUUGAACGAACCCCGCGGAAGAUCGUCCAUGUGCACCAAUCUGGUGCUGCCUCCAUGUGACCCGCGCGCUGAUGCGGGUUUCCUGAUUCUCGAAAGCGAGGAAUACGCGCCCAUGUCUGGAUCCAACACCAUCUGCACGACCACGGUGCUGCUGGAAACCGGAAUGAUUCCCAUGAAAGAGCCCAUUACGCAACUAUCGCUCGAUACGGCCGCGGGGCUGGUGACGGUGACAGCCGAGUGCGAGGCGGGCAAGUGCAAAAACGUAUCCUUUGACAACGUGCCCGCCUUUGUAUUCGAGCUGGACUACAAGGUGGACGUGCCUGGCAUUGGCACCGUGUCUGUCGAUAUCGCCUGGGGCGGCAUGAUGUUCGCCGUGGUUGACGCCGGGUCUGUUGGCCUGACGAUUGAGAAUCGCUUUGGGCCCAAGCUCGUGGAAUACGGCGAAAAGAUUAAAAGGGCCAUCCAAAAGGUCUACACUCCUGUUCAUCCGGAGAACCCGCGACUCGGCCCCGUCAGUAUUCUCUGCUUUACCCAUCCGCUGGAGGAAGGACCCAGAGGCAAGACGGCCAAGACCACGACCGUUGUCUCGCCCGGCCGAUUCGAUCGCAGCCCCUGUGGCACGGCGACUUGUGCUCGUCUGGCCGUCUUGCAUGCCAGAGGGGAAUUGAAGCCUCACGAGACGUUUAUCCACAAGAGUAUCACCGGCACAGAAUUCAUCACGCAUAUCCGCGGCACUACCAAAGUCGGCAAGUACGAUGCCGUUUUGCCCACCGUCAAGGGCCGCGCCUGGAUCACCAGCUACAAGACGGUAGUCUUGGAUUCGUCUGAUCCGUUCCCCGAGGGUUUCCGCGUGGGUGAUCAAUGGCAUGUGUCUGAAUGAAGUGGGACAUGUGUUUCCAAACUAGCCCAAUCUUCGACCUUUAGGUCAAAUUGAUCUAUUUCGUAUUAGAGUUCUAUAGCGCAGCAGAGACGCCGUGCGCUCGAUUGCUCGUUUUGUGAGGGCAUCUAGACGUCCACACAAUUCGAAAUGUGCCAUGACUAUACGCCAACAGAGCCGGACUCUGGGGCGCAAUGACUGCCAGGUUCAGAACACAUAUAAUAUAGAUCGUCACGAUUGAGGAAUUUAUUUUUAGAAACCUUUUCAACCCCUUUUCACUUAUAUUGGCAUUAGACGGGCAUACAAUUUGUGUGUAUUUAGAUUUACCAUUUCAGGCGGACAUGAACUGGAUACUAGCUACUGAAUCAAAGAAUCUUACUGAGAACUGAAU